AUGGCACAGCCAGCCAGUGCCCCAUCCUCCAGUUACACCUACCCGCUAGCGACCAGCGUCCAGCCCGUGGCCUCCGUGUCCACCCUGCCCUCCUACAGCUCUGCCUCCACCCCGUACACAGGACCAAACUACCCGAGCUGUGACGUGACCUUGUACUCAGCAGCCAGUCUGUACUACCCUCCACUGCUACCCCCACAGAUGCAGCCUCCGCCCCCGCCUCCUCCACCCCCAAAGACCCUGGACUCGUCCCUGUGGGGUGGCUCAGGGAGCAGCCCCAGUGCCAGUCCUGCCAGCAGCUCCGCCAGGAAGCCACUGGUUCCUAGCAAGCUUCCGAAACCCAAAGGCGGGCCCAGGCAGCCCCCACUUCACUACUGCGACAUCUGCAAGAUCAGCUGCGCUGGUCCCCAGACGUACCGUGAGCACCUGGAGGGGCAGAAGCACAAGAAGAAAGAGGCAGCUCAGCAGGCGGGCAUGCAGCCCAAUGGCAGCCCGUGCGGGGUGCAGGCCAAGCUACGCUGCGACCUGUGUGCCGUGUCCUGCACCGGGGCGGAGGCCUACGCCGCCCACAUCCGGGGAGCCAGGCACCAGAAGGUCUUCAAGCUGCACACCAAAUUGGGAAAGCCCAUCCCCACCAUAGAACCGGCACCAGGGACCUCCAGCUCAUUCCAGACCACCUGUACCAAGAAGCAGGCACCCCUCACCAUGGAUAGCCCCCCGGUGGCCUCAACCAAGCCCGCUGCCCCUGCCAGCUGCAGCGUGCAUACCCCUAGCAGGCCAGAGCCGACCAAGAGACUGGCGCCCUCGAAGAACAAGCAUGUGGGACCCAGGCUGGCGCGAGAGGUCUUGUGGGACUGUGGACCCAACCAGCUGAUGUCAUGUGGGGGUGGAAGGGGCUGCAGGAGAUUCUGGUUCGCAUUGCAUUCUGCCCUUCACACCUGCAGACUGGAAGCGGCUGUGGUUUCUGGCUGGAGCAGGUUACAAGUAAUGCAGUUCUUUCUUCCAGGAACCCCUGAGCAGCAGGCAGCGGGCCGCAAACCCCCAGAGGGGAAACCAGCACACCGGAAAUCAGAGGGGCCAGGAGAAUUGCCCAGCCAAGGAGGCUCUUCGGAAGCUUCUGGAAGCUGCUGUGACUCUCAGCCAGUGGGCCCAGGUUAUGUGGAAGAGGUGUGCAACGAGGAAGGCAGAGUGACCCGGUUCCACUGCAAGCUGUGUGAGUGCAGCCUCAACGACCCCAACGCCAGGGACCUGCACGUGAGGGGCCGGCGGCACCGGCUGCAGUACCAGAAAAAAGUGAACCCUGACCUUCCGAUCGCCAUCAAGCCCAGCAGCAGAGUCCAGAAGCUCCUGGAGGAGAGGAGGCGGAAGCAGCGGCAGCUGACCAGGAAGCGGCUGGAGGAGCUGCGGCGCUGGCACGCGGAGAUGCGGUACGGGGUCCUCGCCUCCCAGGCCCCCGACAGCCCUCUGCCCCGGUGGCUUUGGCGCUAUGACCUGUGCAGGAGGCGGCUGGAGGAGAAGACGCAGGCCCAGGACGAGCACCCAGGACACUCGCCACCCAGCGAGCACCCUCCUCCCCUCAUGAGCAGGCUGGGAGCACCCACCACCACACCUCUGGUCCCGGUUGUCACAUCCCUUGGGGGUCCUUUGGCAUCUCUCUGUCCACACAGGCACCUUAGAUUUUCACCUUGCCUCGGGGACAGGCCCACUGAGUUGGUUGAAAAGCCUCUGGCUGUGAAAUGUAAGAAUAUCACCACAGGGGAGCCCACUAGCCCCCCGCAGCCCUCAGGGGAGGCCCCAGGGCCCUCCUCGGUCACCACUUGUGGGUCCCCUCCAUUCCUCAGCCUGGCUCCCCACCCCCAGCCCUGUGACCACCUGCCACGUGUGCUGUACUUUUGCAGGGCUGACACUGUCCCGGCCCCCGCCCGCUGGGUCUGGGGGAUCUGUCAGCCCCGCCGUGAUGACUACCUCUCCCCGCAGCCUUCGCGGCGGCCGGAGUCCAAUGAUGACCGACACAUCAUGUGCAAGCAUGCUGCUAUCUACCCCUCGGAGUUGGAGCUCCUGGCCGUCAAGAAGGCUGUAUCCCACGUGGAGCGCGCCCUCAGGCUGGUGUCCGAUGCGCUGGCCCUGGAGAAUUCUGGAAGCCCAGCGCAAGAGGGUGCUGAGCUCAGCAAUGUCGGCCCCUCCACUAGGAUCCUGAAAGGUGUGAUGCGGGUCGGCCUCCUGGCGAAAGGCCUCCUCCUGCGGGGAGAUAGGACGGUGCGGCUGAUCCUGCUCUGUUCCCAGAAGCCCACCCACGCACUGCUGCGGAGGGUCGCCGAGCAGCUGCCCCUGCAGCUGUCGAUGGUGACGGAGGACAAAUACGAGGUGUCCUCUGACCCUGAAGCCAGCAUCGUCAUCUUAUCCAGUGAGGAGCCCAGGAUACGGGUCACUGUGUCUGUCACCUCGCCCCUGAUGCGGGAGGACCCCUCCACGGACAGAGAAGGAACGGAAGAUCCUCCACCAGACCCAAGGGACAUCUUGAGCCCGGAGAAGUGUCUCCAGUCACUGGCCGCCCUGCGCCAUGCCAAGUGGUUCCAGGCACGAGCCAGCGGCCUGCACCCCUGUGUGCUUGUCAUCAGGAUUUUUCGGGACCUCUGCCAGCGUGUGCCCACGUGGAGGGCCCUGCCAGACUGGGCCAUGGAGCUACUGGUGGAGAAGGCUCUGAGCAGUGCAAAGGGGCCCUUGAGCCCCGGGGACGCUGUGCGACGGGUCCUGGAGUGUGUGGCCUCGGGGACGCUCCUGACAGAUGGGCCCGGGCUCCAGGACCCCUGCGAGAGAGAUCAGGUGGAUGUGCUCGGGUCCAUGACCCUCCAGGAGCGGGAAGACAUCACAGCCAGCGCUCAGCACGCCCUGCGCAUGUUGGCGUUCCGGCAGACCCACAAGCUUCUGGGCAUGGACCCUCUGCCGCCGCCCAAGAGCAGGCCUGGCGCGCACUUCAGGAAGAGGCCGAGCGAGGUGGGCCAGGCUGAGGUGGGCGAAGGCUUGAGGAAGCAGGCCUGCGGGGCGGAGAGGGGCCCCGUGACUGGCCGGGCCUCCCCGACCAGGACCUGA